UGCUUCUCUGAGUACAGCGGGCGUGUCCGCUUUUGAAUGACUUCGGACAAACUUUUUCGCCCUUUUAAACUUCCAUAGAAGUGUGCUGUGCGCUCCUCGGCGAAGCAGACGAGCGUUCGUAUGUGCACGCAAGGAACACUUUUUAAAUUCCGUAUAUUGACAGGAGCCAAUUGCAGGAACGAGUCGGGGACCAGCAACAAGUAGUCUUCAGAUUGUUUUGCACGGAGGAUGAUUUAACUGUACGAACAAGGAGUCCGUGCUGAAAGCGGAGAGGGGUAGAGGGGAGGAGAGCAGGAGCUGAGAGCGCAAGUACCGAACACCAACUGGAAACAUGGGCGAGGAGGGACCCCCCAGCCUGGAGUACAUUCAGGCUAAGGACCUGUUCCCCCCGAAGGAGCUGGUGAAGGAAGAGGAGAGUCUGCAGGUGCCAUUUCCAGUUCUUCAGGGGGAAGGGGUCGAGUACAUUGGUCGCGCCGACGACGGCAUCAUCGCCAUAUCCAACUACAGGCUUCACAUUAAGUUCAAGGAUUCUAUCAUCAAUACCUACCCUGGGGUGGACGAUGAGAUUUCAGUCCCUCUCCGCCUGAUCGAGAGCGUGGAGAGCAGGGGCAUGUUCCAGCUGCACGUCGUCUGCAAGGACUCCAAAGUGGUCAGGUGCCACUUCUCCACCUUCAAGCAGUGCGAGGAGUGGCUGAAGAGGCUGAACCGCGCGGUGGCCUACCCCACCCGGCUGGAGGACCUGUUCGCCCUGGCCUACCACGCCUGGUGCCUGGGCGGGAGCGCGGACGACGAGGACCAGCACGUGCACCUGUGCCGUCCAGGUGACCAUGUGAGACAGAGAAUGGCGAUGGAGGUGCUGAGGAUGGGCUAUGACAUGCAGAACGCUUGGAGAGUGUCUGACAUUAACAGCAACUACAAACUGUGCUCCAGCUACCCACAGAAGCUGCUGGUGCCAGUAUGGAUCACCGACAAGGAGCUGGAGAGCGUGGCUUCCUUCCGGUCCUGGAAGAGGAUUCCUGUUGUGGUGUACAGGCACCAGCGCAACGGGGCGGUGAUCGCGCGCUGCAGCCAGCCCGAGAUCAGCUGGUGGGGCUGGAGGAACAAGGAGGACGAGUACCUGGUGACCUCCAUCGCCAAGGCCUGCCUGCUGGACUCCGGCACCCGCUCCGCCUGCAGGCCCCGCGGGGAGGGCGGGGACAACUCCGACAGCGACUUCGACUCGUCUCUGACCGUCUGCCCGAGCCCCGAUGGCAGCGGCUCGCCUCAGAAGCUCCUCAUCCUGGACGCCCGCUCCUACACCGCCGCCGUGGCCAAUCGCGCCAAGGGGGGCGGCUGCGAGUGCGAAGAAUACUACCCCAACUGCGAGGUGAUGUUCAUGGGCAUGGCCAACAUCCACUCCAUCAGGAACAGCUUCCAGUCCCUGAGAGCCGUCUGCAGCCAGAUCCCGGACCCUGGAAACUGGCUGUCUGCCCUGGAAAGCACCCGUUGGCUGCAGCACCUGUCAGUCAUGCUGAAGGCAGCCACUCUGGUGUGCUCUGCGGUGGAGAGGGAGGGCCGGCCCGUGCUGGUGCACUGCUCCGAUGGCUGGGACCGCACCCCUCAGAUAGUGGCCCUGGCCAAAAUCCUACUGGACCCCUACUAUAGGACAAUGGAGGGCUUUCAGGUGCUGGUGGAGACGGAGUGGCUGGACUACGGGCACAAGUUCGGGGACCGCUGUGGUCACCAGGAGAACGCGGACGACGUCAGCGAGCAGUGCCCCGUCUUCCUGCAGUGGCUGGACUGCGUGCACCAGCUCCUCAAGCAGUUCCCCUGCCUCUUCGAGUUCAACGAGGCCUUCCUGGUGAAACUGGUGCAGCACACCUACUCCUGUCUGUACGGCACCUUCCUGUGCAACAACGCCAAGGAGAGAGAGGCACGGAACGUCUACAAGCGCACCUGCUCUGUGUGGUCCCUGCUCCGCGCUGGCAACAAGAACUUCCAGAACUUUCUGUACAUCCCCAGCCAUGACAUGGUUCUGCAGCCGGUGUGCCACACCCGGGCGCUGCAGCUGUGGACAGCGGUCUACCUGCCCACCUCCUCCCCCUGCACUGCUGCCGAUGACUCCAUGGAGCUCUACCUGUCCCCGUCCACCCAGGGGGAGGAGCUCACCUCUCGCUCGCUUGAUAGGCUUCCCAAGACGCGCUCAAUGGACAACCUGGUCUCUGCCUGUGAGAACGGGGUGCCCUUAACCCGCACCUCCAGUGACCCCAACCUCAACAAGCACUGCCAAGAGGACAGGCCUGCUCUCGAACCCGCGCCAGGCGUGGGCGGGGGCACAGCGGACGGCCCAGAGAAGGCCGCAACAGAGACUGAAGGGUACAGCCAGGGCCCGGGGGUGGAGACUUUCACCCAGGCCCCUCCCACUGACCUCGAGGAGGAGGGGCUGAGCAGCGAGAACUGCAUCACCUUAAAGGAGCCCUGUCUGACCACCCAGCCCCUGCCCUCGCUGCACUGCGCCUCCCCGCUGGAGGCGGCUGACCCCGCCCCCGUCCUCCCCCUGGCCCCGCCCCUGGCAAACGGCCACGCCUUCCCGAUCUCGCCCCCUUCGCUGGGAGCGGAGGCGGAGUCCCGGACUGCCGACCGCACCCCUUCCCCCAACACGGACGCUCACAUCCUCACCGUCUGCAACGGUCCCCCGGCGGGCAGCAGGGACCGCCCCCCGGCCCCGCCCACGGCCGUGGAGCUCCUGACCUUCAAGAACCUGUCCCCGGCGUCCCCUGCGGAGGACUCCGCCCGGACGCCGGCGGAGCAGAGAGCCAAACCGCCGCACCUCAAAGGAGCGCGCCCGGCCGCCGCGGAGGAAGAGCGGGAGGAGGAGGAGGACCGGGAGGACGAGGAGGAGGAGGAGGAAGAGGACGCGGAGGAAGAGGAGGAGGAGGAGGGGCGCUCGGGCCGCGCCCACCCCGACGGCGGGCGGGUGGCGCGGAGGCUGCAGUGCCAGAGGCAGCUGGGCGAGCUGGGCCUGCUGGGCUCUCGCUGGGAGAGCAUGCAGGGCCUGGUGCAGUCGGCCUGCGGGGCCUUCCAGCCCGGCUCCCAGGGCCGGCGGCUGGCGGGCAGGCUGCUGCGCGCCCAGGGCAUGGCGCCCAGCGGGCAGUGCUGCCGCCGGGAGAGCGCCCGCCCCGCCGCCUGCAGCCCCGUCCACGCCGGCUGGCUGUCGGCCGUGCGAAGCUCCGCCCUCUGCUCGUCCCGGCUGCUGGCGGCCCCGCCCCCCUCCUCGUCCUCCUCCUCCUCCUCGCCGCCGCCGCCGCCGGCGCCGCAGCAGCAGCCCGCCCCCGCCUACCUGGACGACGACGGGCUGCCGGUCGCCAUGGACGCGGUGCAGCAGCGUCUGCGGCAGAUCGAGGCGGGGUACAAGCAGGAGGUGGAGGUGCUGCGCAGGCAGGUGCGCCAGCUGCAGAUGAGGCUGGAGAGCAAGCAGUACUGCACCCCCCCCUCCGAGCCCGACGUGGACUACGAGGAUGACAUCACCUGCCUGCGGGAGUCGGACGACAGCGAGGAGGAGGACUCCCUGUCGGACCGCAGCGAGGACCGCUUCUCGGAGGGCAGCUGGGACCGGGUGGAGCGGAAGGACACAGAGGUCAGCGUCCCUGAGUGCCUCCUCCAGGUGACCCGCUGGGUUCCCGAUCACAUGGCCUCACACUGCUUCAACUGCGACUGCGAGUUCUGGAUAGUCAAGCGACGUCAUCACUGCAGGAACUGCGGCAACGUGUUCUGCAAGGACUGCUGCCACCUGAAGCUGCCCAUCCCGGAUCAGCAGCUGUACGACCCCGUGCUGGUGUGCAACUCCUGCCACGAGCUGCUGCUGGAGUCGCGCACGCGCGAGAUGCGCAGCCAGCAGCUGAAGAAGCCCAUCGCCACCGCCUCCAGCUGAGAGCCCCGCCCCCCCCUUGCCCUGGCCGGCCCCGCCCCUUGACCGGCGCCGCUUCUCCACACUCCGCUUUCCAGCCGACGAGCCGGGCCUCUUCACCACCGACGCGCCCACCCCCCCCCCCCACCCCCC